AAACGGUCGGCCCGUGUAAGCUUUGCACAGCCACAAACGCAAAACCUUUAAACAGCCUUCCUGGAUUUCUACCCUUUCACCAUUAACAUACGCACAAGAUAUAUACAUAUACAUACGUAUCUUAUACACAUUCAUGGAUGUAGUGCUACAUUUAUUGCCCAACUUCAUAUGAUCUCUUUUUCCAAACUUGAAAAAGGCGUGUAUGUAUCUGAUCACCUCUUCUUGUUGACCAAUUCUUGUGAAACUGCAUGCCACACUUGUUUUCUUGGUAUUAAUUUGGAUUUGAUCUGAGAAAAAAAGGUCUGGUAUUAAAAGUUAGUUGCCUUUUGAGGCUGAAACAAAUUUGGGGGAUUGGAUUAGUGUGCUGUUUCCUAGUUGAAGUUUAUUGGAUUUUGGCAGUGGAUGCAAGGGUGAUUUGAUUGGAUUGAGUGGUGGAUUGGGGAAAUUGGUCUGAAGAGCUCAGAAAGGGUAUUAUCAAGAGGGUUGUGACGGAGCCAAAUACGGAAAAUAGGGGGUGUGAUUGUUUAGCUGUUCUGGAGUGUUUAUCGAAUAUUUUGAGGGCCCUCCGGAUGGGGUCCUGCUUGUCUUCUGAAAGCAGGAGCCCGCAUCCAUGUUCUCCCAUGUCUGCUAUUGGGAUUCAGAAGAAGAAGAGCUUCAAGAGGAAGGCAGUGUCUCGGAAUUCUUCUUUUGAUUGCCGGAAGGAGGACCAUUUGCACCGGAUUCCAGGGCGUAGGUUCUUGAAUGGCUCCAGUGAGGUGGCUACCCUCUUUAGUCAGCAGGGGAAGAAAGGAACAAAUCAAGACGCGAUGAUUGUUUGGGAGAAUUUUGGGUCAAGAACAGACACCGUCUUUUGUGGUGUUUUUGAUGGCCAUGGUCCUCAUGGUCACAUGGUUGCAAAGCGAGUGAGAGACUCUCUACCCUUGAAAUUAAGCGCGCACUGGGAAGUUAAUACUAAAAGCCAGGACGUCCUUAGAGAGAUUAACCUGAAUUCUGUGGAUAGCUUAAAUUCUCUGGACGUUUCGGUAAUAACUGCAGAUGAGGAGCCGAGGGCCUCUACUGACGUUGAAGAAGUUCAAAAGCACCCCGAUGCCUUUCCGUCAUUAAAGGAAUCAUUCUUAAACGCUUUUAGGGUCAUGGAUAGGGAACUGAGAUCCGUUACAAAUAUAGAUUGCUUCUGUAGUGGGACUACUGCAGUAACUCUCGUGAAACAGGGUCGGGUUCUUGUAAUUGGGAAUGUUGGAGACUCUAGAGCUGUACUGGGUACAAGAAAUAUAGACAAUUAUAUUACUGCUGUACAGUUGACUGUGGAUCUUAAGCCUAAUCUUCCAGAGGAAGCGGAGAGGAUUCGCAAAUGUAAGGGGCGUGUAUUUGCUCUCCGUGAUGAACCUGAGGUAGCAAGAGUGUGGCUUCCAAAUACAGACUCUCCUGGCCUUGCCAUGGCACGUGCUUUAGGAGAUUUUUGUCUCAAGGAUUUUGGUCUCAUCUCUGUGCCAGAAAUUUCGUAUAGAUGUUUAUCGGACAAAGAUGAAUUUAUUGUCUUGGCAACGGAUGGGAUUUGGGAUGUUCUCUCCAAUCAAGAGGUAGUAAAGGUAGUGGCUUCAUCAACGCGUUCAUCUGCAGCUAAGGCGCUGGUUGAAACCGCUGUUCGAGGUUGGAAGACCAAAUACCCGAAUUCCAAAGUUGAUGAUUGUGCGGUUGUCUGCCUCUUUCUCAAUUCAAAGUCAAAUGAUAUGUCUUCGGCCUCGAGUGCCAAAUACAAGGACAGGGCUGUUGCAACGGAACAGAAGGAGGUCGACCGACAUGAAGAGGAGGAACUAUCGGACGAGAGUCGAGAGGAAGUGUUAGAGCAAGAGGACUUGAAUGAGAAAGUCGGGAAAGAAUGGUCUGCUCUUGAAGGGGUGACUCGGGUGAACACCCUGGUGACGUUGCCAAGGUUUGUGCCGGAAAAGGAGGAUAAGAAAGCUAUUGGAGGGACAAAGACGAAGAAGCAAUAAAAAAAGACUCGCUCCUACCUUGAGGUCUGAUCAUUCCUAAAACCAAUUUCACUUUAUUUUUCAUCUUAUCUCUACUCUACAAUGGGGGAAAUGAUUUGUAAAACCAUUGAUGUUCAUUCUGCACUGGAGAGGUGGACCGGGCUAUAUUAGUGUGUCUGGGAAUCAUUGUUUUUCUCCCUCAAGCUAGUGUGGGUAGAAUCCGAGUUUCGCUAUAUCCAACUGGCCAUCUUUAUUAAUGUCUCUAAUUUUGCCCGUUGAAGUUGUGUUAUUCGGUCAACAAUGUUGUUAGUGUGCCGAUAAUAUUUUGUGGCUAGGCUAGGCUAGGCUACUAUUGUUUCGAAGUGAUUUCGUGUUCUCCCCUUUCCCUAUCCCUCAAGAACUUCACAAUAUAUUCAUUUCAUUUGUGGUUAUGGAGUUAUCUUGCUUUCAUUUCUAA